UUGGUACUGUAUGAGGCUGACAGAAUUGUAAGAGGUUCAAUGCAAUGACGGAAAUACCACAGUAUUGCUUAUAAGCUUUCUACUGUCGAGAUACGAUAUUUUCACUCAAACUUCAAGUUAUUUAUUGCUCCGAACCCCACCUGGCCCUUUGAUAUCGACACCUUGUUGCAUUGUUUCGUCUUCACAAAAUUGUGAAUGUCACCGAAACUGGCAGAGUCGUAGUUGACGUGCUCCGUUAUCUUUUCUGAUUGUUUACUCCUCUGUGGUUAGGUCUAAGGUCUCAGAAGAGUAAACAAAUUUCUGUGUUUAGAUUUAGCAGGUCUGACAGUUUCAAUGAGUUUCUAUAAUGCAAAGUUUUUUAAUUACAUACUUACCUAACAGAGUAGUUCAAGGUCUCACCUCUGCUUUUUUUCGAGUAUCAGCAUUAAGUAAAAACGGAUUCAGAGGAUCACACAGCUCUCAAGUUGUUUUGAAAUUGGACAAAAUGAAGGUGACAAUUUUGCCUGCUCUUUCUGAUAAUUAUAUGUAUUUGAUCACAGAUGAAAAUACAAAGCAAGCAGCAGUUGUUGAUCCUGUUGAACCUGAUACAGUACUAGCAGCUGUAAAAGCAGAAGGAGUAAACCUAACGAAAGUUUUAACUACACAUCAUCAUUG